ACACGCUUCUCUGUCGUGUCGCUAUGGACCGGUUCAAUGGGUGGGUAGAGCCGUGGCGGGUGGCGCGGCUCAAGACAGGCCUCCUUGCCUGGGUAAAUAGCGCACUUGGAGACGCACAUGUGCCGGUGGAAGAGCUCCAAGAACAGCUCACUGUCGUGCUUCCCGCGCUCACGUCAAUGGUGCUGGACAAGGCUGUGGUCCGCGAGCCCGGGUGGCCCGGCACGAACGACCCUGUGGCAUGCACCGCCGCUUGCCUUGCGCUGCUCAAAGACGGCGGGUUGAGACUUGGGUGUACACUCGCCGACUUGCUAGAUCUGGACAAAGGCGAGCGCGGCAUCAUGUUCUUGUGGGAUCUGGCGCUCCGCGCGGCGCAGGGCCGGCGGCGGAUGCCCGGGCUUUGUCAAGAGUCGAGCCCGGCGGUGUCUAGCCCACGGCGGGCAGGCAAGGCCAAGUCGGAGCUUCUAGCGCAAGUUCGCGAGGUCAUCGGCGAGCGCGGCACGUGCGCCGGCGCCGAUGGCAAGCCGCUGCUCAACUUUACCACCGACUGGGCCGACGGCACGGUACUCCACAGCCUCCUUGCGGCGCUUGUGCCGCGGGCAAGCUGGCCGUCCAAGGGCCUUGCUGCGGUGGCCCACAAGGCCGAGGCAUUGCUCAGCGUUCCGGCCGCCAUUUUCGAGCCCGAGGCGUUUGUGGACCAGCCGGACGAGUGCACGCUGAUGUUGUACGUCAGCGAGGUGCUCGGCCUGGCGCAGAGCGUGCAGGGCGCGCUGGGGCUGCUGUGCUCGUCACGGCUGCUCGCGGCGCUGCCGCCGUUGGAGCAGUGGGUGUCGGCCAACGGCGAGUCCAGUGACGCCGACCCUGUUGCAUGCGAACUGGCCUCGCUCCGCAAAGAGGUUAGUGAAGCGCGAGCCGAGGCCGAUGCGGCGCACGCGCGGGCCGACGAGCUUGCGGCUGCUAAUCGGAGGCUCGAGCUCGAGCUCUACGACAUCGACGCCGAGCAGGCGCCGCUGCAGACCAAAGUUGACGAGCUGCAGACCAAGCUCGACGCUGCACGCGCUGAGUGCGAGAGCCUCGCUGCGCGCCUGAGCGAGGCCCAGGCUCAGCAAGCCCAGGCCCAGGUCAGCGCACGGGCGUUUGUGGCCGAGGUCAAGGCCGAGCGUGCCGAGGCCGAGGCCAAGCUGCGGUCGGCACUGGAGCGGUCCCAAGGUCUUGCCAAGCGGUUCAAGAUUGUGCAGAAAAAGCUGCAGGUUGCCGCCGCCGACGACGACCGCAACGACUGUGGGGUUGCUGCGCCGACCGGGCGACUCACGCUCAUGUUUACCGACAUCCAGGGCUCAACUGCGCUGUGGGAGUCAGACGCCGAGGUGAUGGCUGCCGCGCUGGCGGUUCACAACAACGUUGUCCGCGAAGGCAUUUCGCGGUACGCGGGCUACGAGGUCAAGACUGAAGGCGACGCAUUUAUGAUUGCGUUCCGCUCGGCCAUGGAUGCCAUUGCGUGUGCAGUCUUUUUGCAGAGCGCGCUGCUGCGUGCGGCCUGGCCGGAGGCGCUGCUCGAUGCCAGCCGUCCGCUGACGCGACCGGAGCAUGCCGCGUCCGGUGAGCUCAUCUGGCGCGGCUUGCGUGUGCGGAUGGGAAUUCAUUUGGGUACGCCACAGUCGCGGCUUGAUCCAGUCACUGGUCGCAUGGACUACUUUGGCCCAAUGGUCAACCGUGCGGCCCGAGUCGAGGGCCUCGCGUCUGGCGGCCAGAUUGUGGUCUCGGACGCGGUCCAAGCCGAGAUUGCUCCGUGCCUCGCAGGCUCGUCAGCAGCGAAUACGCCUGUGGUGGCGGCGCUCGGCUCGUUUGAGCUCAAGGGCAUCGCCACCAAGAUGGCUAUGUACUCGGUGACGUCGCCCGAGCACAUGGAGCGGACGUUUGAGACCGACAAGGGCCACCACCGAGUGCCGUUCCAGUUUGCACCCGAAGGCGAGCGCGCCGACGGCACAGCGCUCGACCGCGAGCUCGCUUUCAUGAGCCAUGAGAAUACCCAGCUGUUGAGUGAUCUCGCGAACCUCGAGUCAGAGUUGGUGGCGUCCGAGACUGCUACCAUCGACCUUGUCUCGCGGUUUGAGGCGCAGCAGUCGAUGGUCGGCGCCGACGAGGCGGUGCGGAUGCGAAACGAGCUUGCGCGGCUGUCGGCGGCCGCCGUCGAGACUGCCGGCCUUCUCGAGAGCAUGCAGACUCGUGCCCGCGAGGUUGCCGACCUCGCUACCAACCUGGAGGAGCAAAUGGCCGUCUUUCGCGAGCACCACGCUCGCGGUGGACACGGGUGCGCGACGAGCAACGCCAAUGCUUACCUCGCGGCCCGUCGCGAAAUCGACGCCGAGUCGAUUCAGAAGCUCAAGGCCAAAGUCACUCGCCUCAAGGCGCGCCUGCAGCAGGAAGCAAAUGCCAAGCGGGCGCUCCGCCGGUACAUGCAGCAUGUGCUCAAAACGGGAAAUCUGGACGAUGGCGUUCGCUCCGACCUCGUCUCGGCGCUGGCAAGUCUGGAGGCCGGCGAGCAAGGUGCAGGCACAAGCUCAGGCGGAGCUUUGCCGACCCGCGCACGCCGCGACUCGUCGGGCACCCACUCGCAUCCGCGGCUGAUGCUCUCGUCAUCGACACCGACAUUGCCGUCGCCGCGUCUUCUGCAGCCAGCCACCGCGUCCGAGGGCAACCUUCUUGCGCCGCCGGUCGCCAUGGUCUUGCCGACCCGCGACCGCAAGAGGUCGCUCGAUCCGCUGCGCUCCCGCUCGGGCUCGUCACGGUCAUCGUCGCCGUCAGGCUCACUCUCGCGUUCGACCUCGCGCUCGCAGUCACGGUCGCGCUCGCGCUCGCCGCACGUCCUCUCUGAAUCGGGCGAGGUGGCUGCGCCCGAGCCCGAGCGUGCACCAACGCUGCCCCGCUUCGGCACCGGCCACGUCGCUCACCGGCGCUCGCCGGUGGCAUCACUCGGUCUGCGACGACCAAGGCGCUGCGGACGUAUGGCGCUCGUCGCGGCGCAGGCCUAAAGCGGCUCUCGCACAAGCAGCGCGAGGUCGAAGCUGCCUAUGACUUUGUUGUCGAUGGGCGCGACGAUCCGCAGCUGGGUGCAGGAAAGCGGAGCAAAGCCAAGGCCAAGGAUAAGAGCAAGGCCAAGGCUAGGUCCAAGUCCAGGUCCAAGUCCAGGUCCAAGUCCAACGCCAGGCCCAAAGCCAAGGCCAAGCACAGGAGCAAGGAACGUGAGCGCGGGCUCCAGCGAGACGGCGAGCGCGUGUGUGGUCGAGACCGGGCUGGCUCCACCCGCUCGCGCUCUCGAGCCGACACCUCGCGACCAGCUCCAGGCAUGGUGCGUACGAUCGGGUAGAGGAGGGGAGGGGGGG